AUGGAAGAAGAAAGCCAUCGUAUAAUUAAUCCAUACAUCAAAAGCGACGAAGAAGAAUUCACGACGACGACGAAAAACAACCGCCGCGGAAAAGGCGGCGGCAGCAGCAAAUGCUUAGUUUACAUACUCGUCGCCGUCGUCUUGCAGAGCGUAGCCUUCUUAGUGUUCGGCCUCGUCGCCCUCCGAAUCAGCAACCCUUCCCUCCGCCUAUCCAGCGCCGCCGUGGCAGUUCUCCGCCACGAUUCGGCGUCGCUGAACAUGACCGUGGUUGCCGGAAUCCGCCUCAGAAACCCCAACUUCGGCGACUUCGAGUUCAACGGCGGAAGCGCGUCCCUGCUGUACGGGGAGGCGACUGUCGGGGUGGCGAGUAUAUACGGCGGGCGAGUCGGCAGAAGAGAUAAGAAAGAAAUUAACGUGACGAUGGAGGUCAUCGGCGGCGGCGGCGGCGGUGAGUUGGUGAAGCUGAGGAGCAUGGCGGAAUUGAGAGGUGAAGUUCGGGUGGUGAAGAUAGUGAAACGACGUCGGAUUGCGUUUAUGAAUUGUACUAUGGAUUUGAAUUUGACUAGUCAAGCUUUCCAGGAUUUAUCUUGCCAAUGA